GGGCGGGAUGAGGGGCGGUUCCGGGCCUGGGCAGCAGGUUAGUACUGGCCAGGCUUCUAACGCAGGGUUCUUCUGUUGGCAGUUGUCUCAGUGCAUUCUUUUCGGGGCCAGGGUCCAGGAUGGAGGAGUCCCGGUGGUGGGAGGCUGCCUGUCGGAGGGCAAGAGACAGCCUGGGAAUUGGCCCUGAACGCUGAGGUGAGCCGAUGGCAGCAGGGGUGAAAGAAAGGCGUUUUGGAAUGGCCAGGUUUUGCUAAGAAGCGUUGGACCAGGCGGUGCACCGUUUGCAGUCCUGGAGGAGGCAAAAAACGGGCCUGCACUUACAGCUGUAUCUGUAACGUGGGGCUUGAACUCAGGAACCCAACAUCAAGAGUCGCAUGCUCUACCAACUGAGCCAGACAGGCACCCUGAAAAUCAAAUCUCUAUAAGAAGGAUGAGCAUUACUUCAGGAGAGUCCCCAGUUUUGUGUGUGAACAAGAUGGAGGCUGAUCUGUCUGGCUUUAACAUUGAUGCUCCCCGUUGGGACCAGUGCACUUUCCUGGGGCGGGUGAAGCACUUCUUCAAUAUCACAGACCCUCGCACUGUCCUGGUACCGGAGCGGGAGCUGGACUGGGCCAAGGUGAUGGUGGAGAAGAGCAGGAUGGGUGUUGUGCCCCCAGGCACCCAAGUGGAGCAGCUGCUGUAUGCCAAGAAGCUGUACGACUCAGCCUUCCAUCCUGACACCGGGGACAAGAUGAAUGUCAUCGGGCGGAUGUCCUUCCAGGUCCCUGGUGGCAUGAUCAUCACGGGCUUCAUGCUCCAGUUCUACAGGUGGACCCUGGGAGCAAGGACGAUGCCGGCUGUGAUCUUCUGGCAGUGGGUGAACCAGUCCUUCAAUGCCUUAGUCAACUAUACCAACAGGAAUGCAGCUUCCCCUACAUCGGUCAGGCAGAUGGCCCUUUCCUACAUCACAGCCACAACCACCGCGGUGGCCACUGCUGUGGGCAUGAACAUGUUGACAAAGAGAGCUCCACCCCUGGUGGGCCGCUGGGUGCCCUUUGCCGCUGUGGCUGCUGCUAACUGUGUCAACAUCCCAAUGAUGCGACAGCAGGAACUCAUCCAGGGCAUCUGCGUGAAGGACGGAAAUCACAGUGAGAUUGGUCAUUCCCGGAGAGCUGCGGCCAUAGGCAUCACCCAAGUGGUCAUUUCUCGGAUCACCAUGGCAGCCCCUGGCAUGAUCUUGCUGCCAGUCAUCAUGGAAAGGCUGGAGAAGCUGCGUUUCAUGAAGAAAGUCAAGGUCCUGCAUGCCCCGUUGCAAGUUCUGCUGUCGGGGUGCUUCCUCAUCUUCAUGGUGCCAGUGGCCUGUGGGCUCUUCCCACAGAAAUGUGAAUUGCCAGUUUCCUAUCUGGAACCAGAGCUCCAAGACGCCAUCAGAGCCAAGUAUGGAGAACUUGUGCCUUAUGUCUACUUCAAUAAGGGCCUCUAAAUGCCCCACCCCAGUAAGGACCAGUCUGUGCCCAUAUUCACCAGCUCCUCAGCUGCUCUGUAUACCUGUCCCCUUAUUCAUACUCUGCCCACAGGGCCUGAAGGCCAGGGUGGAUUUGGGAGGUGGGGAGCCUCAUGUUUUCACCCAGGCUUAUUGGACUCCAGAGGAUAAAAGUGAACAAGGGGAGCAAAAGCCAAGUCUUCUAUCUGUUCCUCCCUUAACCACCAUCUCCUGGAGACCAGGAGCUGAGACCCCCUGAGGGAGAUACUCAGACCAUUUGGAAAAAUUAGGAAACUUUGGGGAUUCUAGUUCCGGCCAGGACUGGGGAAGAGCCCCUGGGACAAAAAGAUGCUCUUACUCCUCUUCUCUUCCUCCUCGUCUUGUCUCAUGCUAUGAAACUUUUUACCCUUGCAAUUCUAGCUAACUCAGGAAGGGAGGGGAAGAAGCCUUUGCCAACGUGGGGCUCUUCUCUGUUCUUUCUCAUUCUCGUCCCCAGUGUCCCCUGGUCAGAAAGCAUCUUUGGGAGUGCUGCUAAACUUGAGAUAGUUAGGCCGUUUCAUGAGGCAGCAAAGUUUCAUGGUGCUUUAAGCCCUGUCUAUUGACACUGACUUUGAUCUCCUAUGCUAAAAUCAUGUCUGAUUUUGCUUCUCUGUGUUUGAAAAAUAAGUCCACUAACUGUGAGUAAAAAGAAUAUAUGUAGGCAUUAACAGCACAUUUUAAUGGGUAUAUUUUCCUAGCUGCCUCCCUUCUCAGCCCAUUGGGUUAAACACCAAAGACUAGUGUGUUCUGAAUAGGAAAGAGAGUUUUAUUUGGAUACCUCUGAGAAGUAACCAACCAGGACCAAAGAGCCUUAAAGGACACACAGCAAAGUGCAGCCAUUUGCCCGUCCCAUCUUGGCUGCUGUAGGUGACUUUUCAGGCUCGGGGUGGGGUGGGGGUGGAAGGAGACCAUUGUGGCUUACGAGGGAUCAAUGUCUGUCUGAGUUUCAUCAGGUAGAAUUUCCUGACUGUUCAAAGGAUAUCACUGUGAAUCAAAUAAAUUUCUUGAAAGAGUGUAA